AUGGAUGCUCAAUCUUCUGGGACGUUGCAAUCUCCAUCGACAUUUUCCGACAGUUCCAAAACCGCGAGCAGUAAAUCGGAAGCUUCGACAGCAAGAGAUGAGAAGGACUUCACUAAAGACAAUGUUGCUUCACCAAUCGACUUGGAAUGCCACAUCCAAGCUGAGAGAAUCACUAAGAUUCUGGACGAAGCGAUAUAUAAGACCAAACUGGCUAUCAGUCUCCCUAAUCUGGUUCAAGAGUACAGGACGCUAAGCUCUAUACUGUCCCCACAACAUAUGGAGGAUCUUGUGUUCAUUUUUGAACAAUAUGACAAUCCACUUUUCUCCACCAGUUUAUUAAAUAUGGCGGCCAUGGAAGAUAUUAAGGCAGGAGACAUUUCUUUGAAAAAUCGCUUAAACCCGGAGCUUGGGCACCUGAUGUACAUCAUGAAUAGUUAUCCGGAACUACGUCCUGUGGUUGAAGAAAUUAUUCAAGAGAUUAAGGCGGGAUGUUCAGAUUUAAAAGAGGACACAUCUGGUGUGGAGUAUUUAUUGACUUUAGAACAUUUUCGAGAGCUAAUGGUAAGACAGAUGGAUACCACAGCCGCUGAAGAACUAUCAGCUAAACUCAAUACUAGAAAGUUAGAAAAUUCCAAUGAAAAAUUACUACAAAAGAUUAAAGAGUAUUCGGUCACAUUAGCAGAAGAAAAUAAAACAUUUGAAACAACUAUGAAAUUGAAAACCGAUAUGAUUGAGAAAUUGGAAAAAGAAUUGGCUUUUCUCAACCACGAGGCUGAUAUCAAGCUAAAGAAAAAAAUUUUGGACUCCGAUCGUCAAAUGGUGUUAGCGACUCGUGCACAUUUAGUAAAAAGUGAAGUUUUGAAAGAGGAGGAAGUAGAAUCACGUGAAUUAUAUGAGAAUAUAUUGAAAGCACAUCUUAUUGAAGAGAAAAAUCAAAGGGCGAGAAGAUUUAAAGUAGAAACCCAGCUGUUGUCGUGGCUACAGAAGUAUGACCUGGAGAUGGGAGACAAGCAGGUGGAGCUCGACGAGUUCACGGAGAAGUAUGAAGAUGAACAGGCCAAAUGUGAAGAGCUGGAGGCCAAGAUAGCGGAACAAGAUAAGGAAUACAUUCCACUAAUGGAAGAAAGAGAAGCCGAGUAUCACCAGGAGAUGACUGAGAAGAUGAACAAAUUCCUUAUUGAACACGCCGCGAGGGUUAUUCAGAACGCCUGGAGAGACGUCCUUGCGAAUAGAGCUGAGAAAAAGAAGGUGAGUUUGUGUUUAUUACUGUAUAAAUAUCUCUAA